AGUAACCAUAUAUAAUAAAAUGAAAAGCCUUCUUUUCUUAAUUGCCUUGUUGUGCAUUGCUUCUGUUGUAGAGUCUCAUGUAGACACUUUCAGAGGUGGAAGAGGUAAAGACGCCUGGAAACAGAGAACUAUCUACCAAGUCCUCACUGAUAGAUAUGCCAAACAUGACGGAAGCAAGGGUUCUUGCAACAAUCUCAGCAAAUAUUGCGGAGGUACUUACAAGGGUCUUAUCAAAGAACUUGACUACAUCCAAGGAAUGGGAUUCGAUGCUAUCUGGGUUUCUCCAAUCUUGAAGAAUCUUGAUGGAGGCUACCAUGGAUAUUGGGCAACCGACUUAUAUAGUCUCAAUGAGAACUUCGGAACUGAACAGGACUUUAAAGAUCUUAUUGAAGAGCUCCAUAAAAGAGAUAUGUGGAUCAUGGUCGAUGUAGUUGCUAAUCAUGUCGGCCCAGUCGGAAUGGACUUUAGCGGCAUUAAUCCCUUUAACCAGCCAGAGCACUAUCAUGAAAGAUGCAUCAUUAGUGAUGAUGAUUUUGCUAAUAACCAAGAAAGAGUUGAGAACUGUAGACUUGCCGACUUGCCAGAUCUUGCACAAGAGAACGACUUUGUUAGAACCACUCUCCUCUCUUGGAUCAAAGACCUUGUCCAAAAGUACAAUAUUGAUGGGCUAAGAAUCGAUACCAUUCCAGAAGUUCCCAAAUGGUUCUGGACCCAAUUCCAAGAAGCUGCUGGAGUUUAUGCCGUAGGAGAAGUCUUUGACAUGAGACUUGGAUACGUCGCUGAUUAUCAGAACUAUGUUGAUGCUGUACUUAACUAUCCACUCAGAAAUGCUAUCAAUGACGUCUGGAGAUAUAACAGCAAAAACUUCCGUGACCUGGCAAAUUCUAUGAAUGCUAAUAGGAAUGCGUUCAAAGACGUUGAUGCUCUUGGUGUUUUUGUCGAUAAUCACGAUAACGAAAGAUUCUUGCAUGGAAAUUCUAACCACGCCGGAUUGGAAGCUGCCACUAUUUUCGGAAUCUUUGCCGAAGGUAUCCCAAUGGUAUACUACGGAACUGAGCAAUACUACGGAGGUGGACCUGAUCCUGCUAAUAGAGAACAACUUUGGACAAACUUUGACACCUCUUCAAAUCUUUAUCAAAUGCUCAAGGCUGCUAUUCAGACAAGAAAAGACCAUAAGACCUGGGAUAACAAAUACGUUGAAAGAUACGUAGAUGAUAACUUCUUGGCAUUCUCUAGAGGUGAAGUUCUUAUUGCUGUUACUAAUCAAGGUGGAAGCGUAGGAAAUUACGUUACUUAUCUUCCUUUCAGCAAGGGAGAUACCAUCUGCAACAUCUUCAACUCCUCUGACUGUUUGACUGUCGAAGAUGGAGUUAACAUCACUCUCGACAACUAUCAAACAAAGGUGUACGUCAAGAGUUCAAACAAUGCUCAAGAAUCUAUCAAAGAAUAAAUGUAAUUGGUCGCCUUUCAUUCCGAAUACUAGUAAA